AUGAAAAUUAAUCAUUCAAUUUUAGUUCUUUGCCUUUUGGGAUGUUAUGUGAAAUUGCAAUCAGUUGCAGUUGUUGACUCCUCAUUAGAAAUAGAAGGUAUGACAGUUAUCUGUUGCAAAACUCCAAGAAAAAUGCGUUAACUAAACUUUCAUUCCGUUCCUUUCUUAGUUAAAUGAUCAUAUAGUACAUGAAUGUGUAUUUAACGUUUUAAUAGCGAAGAAUGGUCGGAACUCUGUUCACGAACAAGAGACAAUGAUUACAGUUGAAUUAGAAGAUUCCCCAAAGAUAAAUGGUGUCAGGAAUAGAUAUAAACGAAACUUCGUCGCGUUCAAACGCCAUCGGUGGUACUCGAAAACAAUCCCAUACAUCUUGGACAAAUCUUUAGGUAAGGAUCAUAUCUAAGAAUCAGAUUUGUUGAUAAGAACAAAAAGAAUACUCAGUCAGAAAUAUUAGGCUUAUGCUAAGUAACUUUUGAAAACACAUUUGAACAUGAGGUAACGUAGAAACUUUCAUUCUGCCUUCGCCUGGGUUCCAAGCUGAUCAAUCUUACCAUAAACGUAUGGCUGAUAAGCUACAAACCAAAUGAGUGAGUCUCAGAAGGCCACAGUCGGCUUACACAUGCAUCGAGUUAAUUUAUCUUUCAAACGUUGUUUAAGAAAUUAAUGUAACAACUUCAAAAUGUUCUGCAAAAUACUUUAAUUUCUAAAUUAUUUGAAUACUAAGCUCAACCAUACCAUGAAGGGUAAAAAAUCUCGCUUUGUUUUAGGAUCAUCAGGGAAACAAGCCUUCAGAGAGGCCGUCAAGGAGUUUCGGAGAAAGACUUGUCUCAGAUUCACUCCCUACACAAAUGAGAAAGAUUACCUUUGGGUUUAUCGAGGAUCAGGGUGAGUUAAAGGAUGUAAAAAGUUCAUUUACGAAAAAGAGAGGCUAAAGUCUAAACUCCGUAGAAAAAUAUGUAUUAAACUUGUUAAGUGAACCACAACAUUUAGCUAAAAUAAAAACUCCGAAACUUCAUAAACUUGCCAGCAAAGGGGUAACGAACGAACGAAAGCUCAAAAACAAUUGACUAAAACUCCGCGAAAACAAACAAAAGUAUGUCCACGUCAGUUUUUCAAUGUCAAGGUUAGAGUUCUUUGACAUGAUUGGUUAAUUUGUGAGAUCACGCGCGCCGCGCGUGAAUAAAAAACGAAUACAAAGGGGGGAGAGGGAGAGAAAAAUUGUUACUUGAAUUUAAAAACGAAAGAGAUUUUCUAUAAAGGGAACGAAUGGGGUAAUGCCACUCAUUAUUCCGUGAGGAUUGAUUAAUAACACAUACGAUCUCACUACCUUGUGGAAGUUCCACCCAAAGACGCCAACCUUAUAGAGCACACUAACUGCCGAAGACGCACUAGCACACGUUUCCUACUGAUUACCUUUUUAAUAAUCUAGAAAAACAAAUCUCUGCAAUCACAUCUGCCGGUCAACUAACGGGCUGAACAUAUAAAACGACACUUUUCUCUAACAAAGAAAGAUCCUAAUCACGAGUUUCUGGUUGCUUAUUCAAGUGUUUCUGGUCUCUUAAUGCAACGCAACAACAACGAAAUGAUUGUCUACAGUUUUCGAAACCAAUUAUAAAUUUUUGGUUGAAGCAUACUAAUGUAAAUUUGGCCAAAAAUUGAAUUGAGGCGAUUUUUUAAAAUCAAUCAUUUUAAAGCAGUUUGUGGUAACGUUAAUUAACAUUUUAUCUAUGAUCUCCAUGACAAGAUGGUUCAUCACUACCAAUUGACCCCUUCUCGCCAAUAAGAAGCACAGGACGAAAUCGCAUGUUUCCGUAUUUCUGAAACGUGGCGGAAACAUGCAACUCCAUGUUUCCGUUAUUAAGAUAUGGUCCGGUUCCGUUAUUUAUUAUAAAAACGCGAUUAAACGUCGCGAAACCGGUAACGGAAACACAGGUUAUCCGUCGUGUUUCCAGAACGGUUUAACAUGUUUCUGCCACGUUUCCGUUUACGGAUUCUUGCAAUUUCGUCCUGUGUAAGGAAGGUGUUCUUCAUCAGACUUGGCUAUUAAGAUAUUAUUUAGACUAUUGUAUCAGGAAUAUUUCUCUCGAUUGUUUUUCUCUCCCACGGCGAAAAUGGGUGAAUUGCACCCUCCAUCUGUAGUCGCAGAGACUGGCGAUAGCACUGCCAUUACCUUUUGUGUUUUGAAAAUAUCUAUCUAUGGUAUAGAUGCUCCUCCGUUACUGGGAGAUCUGGCGGCAACCAAACCAUGUCUCUUGGAGAGGGUUGCCAUAGAAAGGGUGUUGUCAUCCACGAGCUGCUGCAUGCACUGGGUAUGACGCACGAACAUUGCAGAGCCGACAGAAACGAGUUCAUCAGGAUCAACAUGGAAAAUAUCAAGAAAGGUAAGUAUCUUUGAUCCAAUGAAGCUAUCGUCUUCUCUACGUGAAAGACCGAGUCAGAGUACUGAGAUUGCAGUAGAAGAGGCGCUUUUGUCCCCUUUAUUUACGUUGUAUACCAGAGAUCAGUCAAACCUUUUUAAGGGGAGUUUUUAAAGUUCUUCUCCGUUGAACCUGUAUCUGUUGAGUCAAUAUCUGGAUUUAACUGGAUUUUAACAGGAUGUGGCUUUUCUUAUUUUGAUGUGACAAGCCCUUUUGCUUGUACGCGUCAGUAUUUAUUCAGAGAGCGAUUAAUGCUGCCACAAUAGUAGUCAUAUAAUGAUGAUUUCAUUUUUACUUUAGCUCAGGUUGAGUGUAUCGAAUUCAAAUUAAAUCUGUUAUAGAUCUAACGCCUUACUAAGGCUACUAAAUCUGGUUAGGGGCCCAUGACAACAAUGAGAAAUAAUCAGGCAGUUGUCUAAAAGAAAUAUUUCACCACAUAAUAACAAAGUCUUGCCCAUACGCUGUUAUGAUUUUCCUUUAGAUGCCAGGAUUGAGUACCGGAUAUGGAGAGGUUUCGUUACUAAAGAGCCUUACGACUAUGGAUCCAUAAUGCACUAUGGGUUCAACUUCUUCAGCAUCGAUCCCAAGAAACCAACCAUUGUCAAGUUAAUGCCUGGUGGUAAGCAGAUGGGCCAAAGAAAAGGAUUCUCAGAUCUUGAUUUGAGAAAAAUCAACAGGUUCUACAACUGUUUGAAUUACAUUGGUAAGUAUAUUUUUGACAAAUAAACGGAUUAUAUGGCAGAGUUCCUUGAAUAAAUGUCUGAAAGUUGUCUAUUUUUGCUUCUUUUGUUUUGUUUCGUUUCCUUAUUCAAUUAUUUUUCCAGAAUCAAUUCCAGCGCCCGAAAAGGAAGUUUUCAAGAUAGUGUCAGGUAAGGGGUUUCAGGGAAACAAUCACAACAUGUAUUUAUUUCAAUGCCAUCUCGUUAGAUAAAAAACACCACCACCCGGCAAAAUCUAGCUAGCAAGUAGCAAUCAGGCCAAUUUCGGGCUGGAAUGUUUUUUAUUACUCCUGGUCUUGCUGGUCUCUGGGAAUAAGCUCCGGCAGUUAUGGACAACUUGGCUCCGAAGACAUGACCUUUCUGCAUGAGGCAUUACCCUCCUAUAUACUGGACGCCGGGUUUAACUAUCAAGACUUCAUAAAUUUUGGCACAUUUGCAUUCAAUUCUUAGCUUGUUGGCUCGUGAAGGUUUUGAGAGGCAAAAAUGAGUUACGAAUUCUCGUGAGGAAUGAAGAGGGAAAACUUAAGAAAGAUUUCCCCACUCGCAGUUUCGCGUUUUUGCUUCAACUUCGUCGCCUUCUCAAAACCACCUAUAGAACCACGUGUUAGCUGGGUCUUUUUCAAUGUUUCUCUUUACACCGAUCCUUUUAACUUUUACAUGUAGGAGACUGUGACUUUGAGUGGGGAUUUUGUAAUUGGGAAAACUGGAUCAACGAAGAACAAGAUCAAUUUGAUUGGAAGAUAGGGACAGCUGUGAUCAAAACUUGUCCCGGGACAAACCUGCAACACCCUUCUAAUCCGUUCGUUACUGGUAAGAUUAUUCGCACAGCUUGCCUUUGAUCUUAAUGCCUGUAUCUUUAUGUCAAAAAUAACAAAAACUGACAUGUCGAAUUAGCGUGUCAAUGAUGGUACCACGUCCGAUCACAAUUUUUUUUAUUUUUUGUUGUGGGAAAGACCAUAUUUGCCUUGAUCACACAUUUGAAUUAGAAUGCUGCGCAUGGCACCUGAUAAUUAUAUUCCAUACGUAUAGGCUACACUUCCACCAAUAAAGUCGUGAUUGUGCUAAACAUUAUGUAGUUUUUAUUGAUAAACAAGCAUCCCCGAGUAGGUUUGGUCAGAAGUGAUCAUACCGAUUACAUCACCUAAGGCGUAGUUUUCACCCGAGUUUAUUCCACUGUUGCAAGUAACGAAUGACGAAAAGUAAACGAAAGCCUUCCUCUGUGGCUGUCGCGUUUGUGUUUUGGAUAAAGGGGAACAAGUUUCUAAAGAAACUAUGGUGCUGCGUCAGUGGGGGAUGUUACUAAUAACUUUGGUUUUAUCAACUGGGUUGAUGGAGAGUUUCUAGAACUGACUUUUAGAGCUAAGAGAGAUUUAAACUUCGUGUUUAGACCAUCGAUCACUUCGUUUUUAAACAAGUUAAUUCUCUUUCAAGGAAGUUUCAUCUUCUUCGAUAAACCGCUACGCAAACCCGCCGAGUACAUGAGCAGCAGCGUGCUUUCUAGCGAAGGAUUCUUCACAGGACUGAACUGCCUAAGUUUCCAUUAUUGCAUGCAGUCAGGUGGAUAUCUGCGAGUGUUUAUAAAGGAGGCCGAGUCAAAAGAGAAGAACCCGUAUGUUUUGAUCUGGGAAGAGAUGGGUCUGCAAGGAAACAGACUGGACAAGAUGGAGAAAACGAUUUCAGGCAAUAUGAUCAAGGUUGAAUUCUUUUUCUUUUAAAACAUUUUCUUUCUAUAAGUUCGUCACUUUAUUACUUUACUUUCUAAAGCCUGGUUCUGAUUCUUCGUCGCAAAAUGUAACCAAAUGAAGGUAUAACUGCGAGCUUUUCAGGAGCGCUCUUGUAAAAAGGUAGUGCAUAACUUAAAUUAGCAUCUUGACAAUCAUCUCUGAACUUUCUCUUUUUGAGAAGAUGUUUAGGCUUUUUUAUGAAAAAUAAACCUCAUGAAUAUACAAAGCUAUAGCAGCUAUGCUAUGGUUAAAUAAGCUUGGUUAAAUAAGCUUGGUUAAAUAAGCUUGGUCUUUGAAUGAUAGAAAGGAAACAUGAAAAACCUGAGGUCCUCGAAGAGGACUCAAGCAUUUGAAAGAGCGAUGAAUGAAUUCUAGAGACAAAAAAGUACUUAUCUUAAUGACGUGUUUGUCGCUCAGCUACUUUUAUAUUUUUAUAGAUUUAUAUCGAAGGAAUAAAAAGCCCUAAUCAAGAUGGAUUUGUCGCCGUUGAUGACAUUAGCGUCAAUCAGGGAAAGGCUUGUGUUGGUAAG